AUGAUAAAAGAUAUCAAUACUGAUGAAUUUUUUGAGUUUUCUGAAAUGCAGGAUUCUUCAACUUAUUUAACAAUUCCAAAGCGGUCACAUUGGAAUCUCCUCAGAAAUGUAGUCAAAGCAAUAUCAUUAUUUCGAAAUCAAGAAAUAAAAACAUAUGACGAUAUAGAUGAACUCUUAGCAGAAAUCAAGCGACUUCCUACAAAUGAAGAAUAUAAGGAAAGCCAAGAGACUCAGCUCGAGUGCUCUCCAUUUCAAAUUGCUAUAAAUGAUCUAAGAAAUCAAGACAAAUUUUUUAGUGCUGUUGAAAGAGGCAACUCAGAGGACCUGAAAGCUAUUAGUGAAUAUAUAGCUAACGAUCCUUAUCGAUAUUUGAGGCUGCCUAAUCAUCCAUUUUCAAUAGUAAAUAAAAGAAAUCGGUUUGGCCACACUCCUCUUUAUAUUGCUUGUAAAAAUGCUAAUUAUGAUGUAGUAGAGCUAUUAUUAAAAAAUAAUGCAGAUCCUUUAAUUACAUCCAAGGUUGAAGAAAGCUAUGAAAAUUGUCUGGAUGUCGCUGUAAGGUGGAGGCAUGUAAAAAUUGUUGAACUUCUUUUGACUAAAGAGUGGCCAAGGGAUAUUAUUCAGAGAGCAAUCGAUAAAUGCACACAGGAAAAGAUAAAAGCAAUGCUGAAAACAAAAAUUAAGAAAACAAAAAAUAAAGGAAAAUGCUUUUGCGUUAAAUAG